AUGACCUUACUAACACUAGCCCACGGGCGUUACAGAGAGAAUCCGACGUCAAAGUGCGGGCCGCCCUUCAAAGUGCGACGUCACACCGACCCAGCCCAGACGCACGUGCUGACACUGAGUGAAGGUGCUGCUGCAGCUGAUGCGGUGUGGGGCGUGUGGCCGAACAACAGCAACGCCACCGCGACGUGCUCCCCCCACCUUCCCCUCUUCCCCUCCCCACUUUCCCCUCCCAAUUGCAUUCCCUAUACCUGCAGUGAAGGUGCUGCUGCAGCUGAAUUCGGCGUGGGGCGUGUGGCCGAACAACAGCAACGCCACCACGACGUGCUCCCCCCCCCCCCCCCCCCCCCCCCCUUCCCCUCUUUCCCUCCCCACUCUCCCCUCCCAAUUGCAUUCCCUGUACCGGCAGUGAAGGUGCUGCUGCAGCUGAAUGCGGCGUGGGGCGUGUGGCCGAACAACAGCAACGCCACCACGGCGUGCUCUGCAUGGGAUGGCCUCACCUGCCGCCCCAAAGGGCUCGUCGUUGCCCUGUGA